AUGUCCCAUUUUACAAGAAAAUCCAACGCAGCAACUAGACAACAAUUACGAUAUAAUUCUUCGUCCAAAAAUGUAGAAAUAAAUAAGUAUAGUAAACAUAUCACUCAACCUAAAUCCCAAGGUGCUUCUCAAGCUAUGUUAUAUGGAACAGGGUUAAAACCUGAAGACAUGAGUAAAGCUCAAGUUGGUAUAGCGAGUGUAUGGUAUGAAGGCAAUCCAUGUAAUAUGCAUCUUCUUGAUCUAGCAUCAAAAGUUAAAGAAGGAGUGGUUGAAGCUGGAAUGAUCGGUUAUAGAUUUAAUACCGUGGGUGUAAGUGAUGGUAUUAGCAUGGGUACAAGAGGAAUGUGCUUCUCUCUUCAAAGUAGAGAUUUAAUUGCAGAUUCAAUCGAAACAGUGAUGGGUGGACAAUGGUAUGAUGCCAAUAUUUCACUCCCAGGUUGUGAUAAAAAUAUGCCUGGAUGUUUGAUCGCAAUGGGACGUCUUAAUCGUCCAUCUCUUAUGGUUUAUGGCGGAACAAUUCGUCCUGGUCAAUCACGUUGUGGUCAAGGUUCUUUAGAUGUUGUUUCUGCAUUCCAAUCUUAUGGGUCUUAUAUUGCCGGUGCAAUUAAUGAAGAACAAAGAUUAGAUAUUGUGAAAAAUUCAUGUCCGGGAGCUGGUGCAUGUGGUGGAAUGUACACAGCUAAUACAAUGGCUUCUGCAAUUGAAGCAAUGGGAAUGACUCUUCCCUAUAGUUCAUCAACUCCAGCAGAAUAUCCCGAGAAACUUGAAGAAUGUUUUAACGCAGGUUUUGCUAUACGAAAUCUCUUAGAAAAAGAUAUAAAACCAUCCGAUAUUAUGACAAGAAAAGCUUUUGAAAAUUCGAUGAUACUCACAAUGAUACUGGGAGGAUCUACCAAUGCUGUUUUGCAUUUAAUUGCUAUUGCAAAAUCAGUGGGAAUUUCUUUGACGAUAGAUGAUUUUCAAACAAUUAGUGAUAAGAUACCAUUUUUGGCAGAUUUGAAACCUAGUGGCAAGUAUGUAAUGGAAGAUUUACAUAAAAUUGGGGGUAUACCAGCUGUUCUAAAAUAUCUUCUAGAAAAUAAUUUAAUUCACGGAGAUAUUUUAACGGUAACAGGAAAAACUUUAGCUGAAAAUUUAGAAUCUGUUCCAAAAUUAUCAUUUGAAACUCAAGAUGUGAUUCAUCCAUUAUCAAAACCCAUUAAAGAAACCGGACACAUUCAAAUCUUAAGAGGCAACUUAGCUCCUGAAGGAUCUGUAGCAAAAAUCACGGGGAAAGAAGGUUUUUCAUUUUCGGGAGUUGCAAAAGUUUUUGAUGGAGAGCAAGAAAUGUUAAAAGCAUUUGAACAAGGUAAAAUUAAAAAAGGACAAGUUAUUAUUAUUCGUUAUGAAGGGCCUAAAGGUGGUCCGGGAAUGCCUGAAAUGCUAACCCCAACAAGCGCAAUUAUGGGGGCAGGACUUGGGAAAGAUGUCGCUUUGUUAACUGACGGAAGAUUUUCUGGUGGGAGUCAUGGAUUUAUAAUUGGACAUAUAACACCUGAAGCACAACUUGGUGGACCAAUUGCGUUAGUACGUGAUGGUGAUAAGAUUUCAAUAGAUACGGAGAAUAAAUGUAUCAAUCUAGACAUUAGUGAAGAAGAACUUUUAACUCGAAGAAAUAAUUGGAAAGCUCCACCAUAUAAGGCAACAAAAGGAACAUUAUAUAAAUACAUUAAAAAUGUUAAGACACCUACAGAAGGCUGUGUAACGGACGAGUAG